AUGGAAACCUUUGAGGCGAUUGAAGCCAUGAGAUGUAAAAACAGGUUUUCCUCUGGGGACUAUGCAGGCUAUAAGAACUAUCUUAAGAUUCAAAUGAGAAAUCUGGGUGCCGAAUGCAAAGGAAGGGAGGUGUAUAAGCUUGAGUCAAACCUAUCUAAGUUCAUGAUAAUCAAUUCUGCAAGGUUUUUGAAGAGCAACCUGAGGAUACUUAAAAAGGACGGGUCUGAGUUUAGCACUAUGUAUAGCAACCUCAUGAAGGGCAUUAUGGGAAAGGGCGUUGAGGUUGGUACACUUCUUGAGCUUAGGAAAAAGCUUCUGCCAUACAAGACGUUUGUAAAUCAAAUUGAUGCACUGCUCGAGUCACCUCCAUACAACUUUGAUGUUUCAUCUCUGAAGGUUAGGCAUAUGUGGAACGACAUUCCAAUCGGAUUCAGCAGUAGUUUUGAAAAGGACCAAUUUCUGGAGGGAAAGGCGCCUCAAGAUGACGGGUACGAUUCAGACAUUUCAAAGGCCAUAUUGAAGGUGGAGAAUAAAAAGAAAAGAUUGGUAUCUCUCAUUGAAGCCAAGCCCGCCAAGAUCGUAUGCAUUAACAAGAAAGUGGAAGAACUUCUAAAGGCUCUCUAUGGAUUAAAGACCAUUCUGAAUGAAAACUUGAUUGAAUCUAGCUAUACUGAGCAAAUAAUAAACGACACAGAGCAGCUUAGAGUAUAUUACUCCAACGUUAUGGAGUUCAUGAAUUAUUUGAAGUGGGAUGACUCCAUAGAUGCAUUUAGGGUUCCCUCGACAUUCAAAAUGGUUGAUUCACAGAUAUUGAGAACAAGGGAAGAUCUGUCUUACAUUCCGAGAAAGUGCUCCAGAAAUGCAGUGGUUAAGUAUUUGGAGAAGUCUCUUAGGCCCAAGGAGCCCACCAUAAAGAUUCCAUUCAUACCUGUGUUGUUUGAUGUAGCAAAGGACUACAUAUCAUAUCCUGCUGAAGACAAGAAAGUAUCGGAGCUGUUUAAGAAGCUUCAUGUGUCAAGAUGA